AUGGCUGCAACCUCUUCCAAGCUGGGUUUGCAAGCCUCCCAAGCAGGUUCGCUUCGAAGCUAUCCCCAAAUCCGCACCACAAUACCCAAACGCCAAAUGUCAUCAGCAAUUAUCUCACGGAGACCUCGUGCUCCUUCACAUCUUCUUCAAGCCUCGAGUCUAGCGCUGCUUGCUACAAAUCCUGCACGGUCAACCCCACCUCCAUCAUUCUUCGCUCCUUCUGUGAGCAGAUCCCGAAAUGCUUCUACCACUUCCAAAUCUGACCCAAGGUCGGAUGUUCUUGACUGGAAUACAUUCUUCAACCUCCGAACAUCUCGUCGAAGGUACGCUCUGACCUCAUCGAUCAUCACAUCGGCCGGCUCCACCACUGCUGCCAUUGUAGCCUUCUCGGAGAUCCCAGACCUAGCCAAUACUGUUCAAUCCAUCAUUCCUACAGAUCCUUUUGUGAGUAUGGGAGUUGCCACCUUUGGUGCCACAUUCUUUGGCUGGCUCAUUGGCCCGGCUUUCGGAAAUACAGUCUGGAGACUUCUCCAUCGCAGCCGACUGCCUGAAUUUACCAUCAAAGAGAAGGCUUUCUUCGAGAGGAUAAAAAAGCACCGGGUCAACCCCAGUGGAGCCAGUACAAACAAUCCAGUCCCUGAUUUCUAUGGUGAGAAAGUCGGCAGCGUAGCAGGCUACAGACGAUGGUUGAAAGAUCAGAGAGCUUUCAACAGGAAGAGAGGAGGAUCAUAUCCCACCAAGGUCUAA